CCCCCGGCCCCCCCGCCCGCCGGCGCUGCCCAUGGGCCCGGCACGAUGCCGGUGCGGCGGGGGCACGUCGCCCCCCAGAACACCUUCCUGGACACCAUCAUCCGCAAGUUCGAGGGGCAGAGCCGCAAAUUCAUCAUCGGGAACGCGCGAGUGGAGAACUGCGCCGUGAUCUACUGCAACGAGGGCUUCUGCCGGCUCUGCGGGUACUCGCGGGCCGAGGUGAUGCAGCAGCCCAGCACCUGCGACUUCCUGCACGGGCCCCGCACGCAGCGCCGCGCCGCCGCCCAGAUCGCACAGGCGCUGCUGGGCGCCGAGGAGCGCAAGGUGGAGAUCUGCUUCUACCGCAAGGAUGGCAGCUCCUUCCCGUGCCUGGUGGACGUGGUGCCGGUGAAGAACGAGGAUGGCACCGUCAUCAUGUUCAUCCUCAACUUCGAGGCCGUGAGGGAACCUGAGCCCGGGGAGGCCCCGACCCCCAGCACCAACCACUGGGUGACCCCGGCCCCCUGGGGCCCUGCAGGACGCAGCCGGUCCUUGCGGCUGAAGCUGCUGGCGCUCACGGGCAGCCGCCAGUCGCUGCCGCCGACCCCGAGCCCCCGGACCCGGGACGUGGCCCCGCGAGCCGGGGAGCGUCCCGAGGACGAGGCGGCGCUGAUGGGGGACCCCGGCAGCCGCCGGUGCCGCACGUCCAGCCACCGGGUGGGCGCCUCAGCCACGGGGCCGAAGCGCCUGGCGGCUGGGCGCCGCCAACCACAGCCUGGCCGGCCGCUCCCCGGGGAGCCCGGCGCAGUGGCCGCCGUGCGCAGCGCUCUGCUCAACUCCACGUCGGACUCGGACCUGGCGCGGUUCCGGGCCAUCGGCCGCAUCCCCCAGAUCACCCUCAACUUCAUGGACCUGCAGCCGGGGGGGCUGCUGGCCCCGCCCCCGGCCCCCCGGCCCAUCAUCGCCCCCACCAAACUGCGCGACCGCACCCACAACGUCACCGAGAAGGUCACUCAGGUGCUGUCCCUGGGUGCCGAUGUGCUCCCCGAGUACAAGCUGCAGGCGCCGCGCAUCCACCGCUGGACCAUCCUGCACUACAGCCCCUUCAAGGCCGUGUGGGACUGGCUGAUCCUGCUGCUGGUCAUCUACACGGCCAUCUUCACGCCCUACUCGGCCGCCUUCCUGCUCAGCGACUCGGAGGAGGCGCAGCGCCACCACUGCGGCUACUCCUGCAGCCCGCUCAACGUGGUGGACCUCAUCGUGGACAUCAUGUUCAUCAUCGACAUCCUCAUCAACUUCCGCACCACCUACGUCAACUCCAACGAGGAGGUGGUCAGCCACCCCGCCAAGAUCGCCAUCCACUACUUCAAGGGCUGGUUCCUCAUCGACAUGGUGGCCGCCAUCCCCUUCGACCUGCUCAUCUUCGGCUCCGGCUCCGAGGAGACCACGACGCUGAUCGGGCUGCUGAAGACGGCGCGGCUGCUGCGGCUGGUGCGGGUGGCGCGGAAGCUGGACCGCUACUCGGAGUACGGAGCAGCCGUGCUGUUCCUGCUCAUGUGCACCUUCGCCCUGAUCGCGCACUGGCUGGCCUGCAUCUGGUACGCCAUCGGCAACGUGGAGGGGCAGCGCACGGGCUGGCUGCACGCGCUGGGACAGCAGAUCGGCAAGCCCCUGAACGGCAGCUUCGGGCCCUCCAUCAAGGACAAGUACGUCACGGCGCUCUACUUCACCUUCAGCAGCCUCACCAGCGUGGGCUUCGGCAACGUGUCCCCCAACACCAACUCCGAGAAGAUCUUCUCCAUCUGCGUCAUGCUGAUCGGAUCGCUGAUGUACGCCAGCAUCUUCGGGAACGUGUCGGCCAUCAUCCAGCGGCUGUACUCGGGCACGGCGCGCUACCACACGCAGAUGCUGCGCGUGCGCGAGUUCAUCCGCUUCCACCAGAUCCCCAACCCGCUGCGCCAGCGCCUCGAGGAGUACUUCCAGCACGCCUGGUCCUACACCAACGGCAUCGACAUGAACGCGGUGCUGAAGGGGUUCCCCGAGUGCCUGCAGGCCGACAUCUGCCUGCACCUGAACCGCAGCCUGCUGCAGAACUGCGCGCCGUUCCGCGGCGCCACCAAGGGCUGCCUGCGGGCGCUCGCCAUGAAGUUCAAGACCACGCACGCCCCGCCCGGGGACACGCUGGUGCACGCCGGGGACGUGCUCACCGCGCUCUACUUCAUCUCCCGCGGCUCCAUCGAGAUCCUGCGCGGCGACGUCGUGGUCGCCAUCCUGGGUAAGAACGACACCUUCGGGGAGCCGCUGCACCUGCACGCCCGGCCCGGGAAGUCGCGGGCGGACGUGCGGGCGCUCACCUACUGCGACCUGCACAAGAUCCUGCGCGAGGACCUGCUCGAGGUGCUCGACAUGUACCCCGAGUUCUCCGACCGCUUCUGGGGCACCCUCGAGAUCACCUUCAACCUGCGCGACACCAACAUGAUCCCCGGCUCCCCGGGCAGCGACGAGCUGGACGGAGGCUUCUCCCGGCUGCGGCGCCGCAAGCUCUCCUUCCGCCGGCGCCCCGAGAAAGACGCCGCCAGCCCCGGCGAGUCCCGGGCGCUGCGGGGGGACGGCGGGGGGGGCCAAGCGCCCGGAGCGCCCCGGGGCCCGGCCGAGUGGGACCCCCCCAGCCCCUCCAGCUGCGGCUCCAGUGACGAGGAGGAGCCCCCCGCGCCCCCUCCGGGCGCCACCGCGCUGUCCCCGUUCCGCAGCGCCCCCCCGGCGCCCCCCGAGCCCGAGGAGCGGGGCGGCAGCGACAUGUGCAACCCGCUCUCAGGCGCCUUCUCGGGGGUCUCCAACAUCUUCAGUUUUUGGGGUGACACCCGGGGCCGCCAGUACCAGGAGCUGCCCCGCUGUUCCCACGGGCCCCCCCCAAACCCCCCCCCGACCCUGACCCGCCGCCAGCGCUCCGACCUGGAAUCCCGCUUGGAUCUGCUCCAGAAACAGCUCAACAGGCUGGAGUCCCGGCUGAGCUCGGACAUCUCCUCCAUCGUGCACCUGCUGCAGCGCCAGGUGCUGGUGCCGCCCGCCUACAGCGCCGUGACCUCCCCGCACCAGCCCCCCCCGGGGCCGCUGCCCCCCACCCUGCCCAUCACCCCCAUCCGCCCGCUCGCUCAGGUCCCGCGCCCCCCGCGCGCCCCGGACCCCCCGGACGUGGUGCUGCUGCUGGAGCCGCCCCCCCCGCGGCGCCGCUCCCUGCCCGGGGCGCUGCCCCCGCCCGCGGGGACCCCCCCGGGGACCCCCCCGCUGCAGAGACACUGCUCCGACCCUGGCAGCUAA